AUGUGGACGAGCUCCUUCGGGAAUUGUUCUUGAUGUUUUGUGGCCGGAGUGGUUCGUUCAACUUAUUUUUUCCGCUUAUUUGUUCUCUCUUCAGAAAUAUAUGCUAACGCUACUUAAAACAGUUCCGGAUAGAGAGAUAAUAGACUCUAAUGGAGUUCCAGUGUCUAUUAGUGCCGCGGCGGUCGUCGCCCCUGCGUCUGGGACUCUACCAUACAGCAACUCGGUCCUCUACUCACCAGCAGCACCCUGCUCCGGCGAGGAUUCCCCCAUCUCCUCGACCUCCACCUCCAUCCCUUCCGCAUCCUCUCACCUGCCGUUAGCCGAGGCACUCGACACCUAUGCUAGGUUCACCGCAGGUCAUGAUUCAGCUGCAGAAUCUCGGGCACUUGAGGAGCAGAAGGCGAGGAGGACUACGAUAAUAAUGUGUCUGACUCACUGUCUGCUUACGGUGAGAUCCCGAGGGAUUUGUAUUUCCGCAGUGUUUCUACUGCCCGUUGGAAUCUGAAAGAGCUCUAGUCCCCCUCGGCAAUCUGGGUAGAGUUGGAGAUCUCCGGUAUGGAAUGGGACUCGGAAUUAAAUGCCCCUGACACCUCAUCGGAAUACGAACUGGCCUCUCGGGACCUCUAUUUUGAGGGAUGCGGGAUUGUACGGGGGAUGACUUAA